AUGUAUGUUGAUGAUGCUCUUUAUGGAGCUCCUGAUAUCCCUACUGCAAUCCAGGCUAGGGAUCAGUUGAUCUUAGCUCUUAAUUCCGCAGGCUUUAACGUUCGUAAAUGGACGUCAAACUCACCAGAAAUCCUUGCAGGUAUUCCAAAAUCCGAUCUUUUACAAGAAGAUUUCUGCGAAUUUGAAGAUACUAGUAAUGCUAAAACUCUUGGAAUACGAUGGAACGUGAAAUCGGAUGUUUUUUAUUUUUCCGCAAAAGCUUUGUCCAAGCGAGAAAAUAUCACAAAGCGGCAAAUGUUGUCUGAAAUAUCAAAACUGGUUGAUCCCGCUGGUUGGCUCUCUCCAUUUAUUAUAUUGUCCAAGAUUUUAAUGAGAAAAAUUUGGGAAUCUAAAUCCGAUUGGGAUGAAUGUUUACCGGAUGACUGUCUUCAUGAUUGGAAACUAUUCAUUCAACACUAUCCAGAAAUUGAGAAUGUAAAAAUACCAAGAUGGGUUUCAUUUUCUCCAAAAUGCAAAAUAGAAGUUCAUGGAUUUUGUGACGCUUCCGAAAGGGCUUAUGCAGCGGCCAUUUAUGUCCGAGUUACAAUUCAUGAAUCCGUACAUGUCCAUUUAUUAACGGCAAAAUCAAAAGUCGCUCCUGUUAAAUGCAUUUCGCUUCCAAGACUUGAACUCUGCGGUGCCGUACUUCUUUCAAAUAUGAGUGAUUCCAUACUUCCUUCUUUAAAGAUUCCUGAACACAAUGUUUUCAAAUGGUCGGAUUCUACUAUUGUGCUUUCGUGGCUACAAAAAACACCUAGUUACUGGAAAACAUUUGUUGCGAACAGGGUGUCUAGGAUUCUUCAGACUGUGGGAUGUGACAAUUGGCGUCAUGUACCAUCUCAUUUUAAUCCAGCAGAUAUUGCGACUCGCGGUCUAUAUCCACAAGCAUUAGCUAAUAAUGAUCUUUGGUGGUGUGGACCAAAAUGGUUGAAACGUCCAUCUAAUGAAUGGCCAAAAUCUAAUUUACCCUACGAGGAAACUGAGGAAGAGAAAAAACCAAUUAAAGCAAAUUUUUCAUAUUUUUCCAACUAUGACGAUGUUCUAGAUCGUUUUUCAAAAUUCCCAAAUGCAAUACGAACACUUUGUUAUGUCUUUCGGUUUAUUCAUAGAACAUUGCCAAGGUAUAGAACAUCCUUCCAUUAUGAAUCCACAUCGAUAUCGCCUCAAGAAGUUAUCCAAGUUCGAGAUCGUCUCAUCCAAAUUGCCCAAAAGGUUACCUAUCCCAAUGAAUAUAAGGCUAUAGAAAAUCACGAGAACAUAUCUAAAACUAGCUCAAUCUUAAACUUAAAUCCCUUUCUUGACUCCAAAAAGCUGAUUCGCGUCAAUGGAAGACUCGCUAAUUCCACAUCAUUAUCAUAUGACGAACGAUUUCCACUAAUUCUCCCAUAUAAUUGCAGACUUUCUAAACUAUUGGUUAGUUUUACUCAUUCCCUUUCCCUUCAUGGAGGAAACCAACUUGUAUUACGUCUCAUUCGAAUGCAAUUUUGGAUUCCAAGAUUGAAAAAUUUGAUUAAAACAGUGAUACAUAAUUGCAAACAGUGUGUUCUUCAUAAAGGAAAAGUAACAACACAAAUUAUGGCCGCAUUGCCUCCAGAGCGCACUGAAUUACAGCGUCCCAUUUACAAUACUGGACUAGAUUUCGCAGGUCCAUUUGACUUAAAAAGUUUCACAGGUAGAGCUUGUCGAUUAACUAAGGGAUAUGUGUGCGUCUUUGUGUGCUUCGCCACAAGGGCCAUUCAUCUGGAGGCUACUACAGACCUUUCAACUCCUUCAUUCAUGGCAGCAUUUAAUCGAUUUGUAGCUAGUGGAUUUCCAUUAACAUUAUUUUCAGAUAACGGAACAACCUUUAUCGGUGCUUCGAGACAAAUGGCAAAAGAUUUUCUUUUAACAUCUAGAUCUGAACUUACAAACCACUUCACUUACCAGAAUAUCCAAUGGCAUUUCAUACCACCAGGAUCUCCACAUAUGGGUGGUCUCUGGGAAGCGGGUGUCAAAAGUUUUAAGGCUCAUUUCCGUAAAGUAGCUGGUCCCUUUAAGUACACUUUUGAAGAAUUCUCAACAUUACUUGCAAGAAUAGAAUCGUGUUUGAAUUCGAGGCCAAUCUCACCAAUGUCCGAAGAUCCAAUGGAUUUGAAUGCUUUAACUCCCAGACAUUUUCUGACUGGCAGUCCUCUACUUGCGCCACCCGAUCCUAAAAUUUAA